GAGACAUCUAGCCUUACACACGUUAUCUAUUCUUUACUCUAGAGAUAUCACUUCUAUGAGGCUAGAUGUAUGUGCGCGGAGUUGGUAACGCAACUAACGGGUGGUCAUCUUACGCCGGUGUUGUUCUCUGGCGGGCUCUGCAAAUUGCAGCGGACAAAAGUACGUCGGUUUACAUCAAACUGUCGACGUGGGCAUGAUUUAGGCUUGAUUUUUGAGGAAAAGUAGUAUUCCGAGAGGGGAAUCGCUGACGUGUAUGACGAACCGAGUCGACAAUUGAGCCAUAUCGAGUUACUUUUCUUCAAUGGCACCGACGCAAAAUGGCCGACGAGUGUAGACGCCCGUUCCCCUCCGCUCACAGCACGCACCAGUAAUCUAGCCUUGUCUAUGCACUCCUACGGCAAUGCCACAUAGACAAAACUCCAAUUCGUCGCAAAGCUGGAUAUCCGCCGCCGGUAGCUGACAGCAAGGCAGCAGGAGCUAGAAAACUCCUCUCUUGGAAGACCCGGGCUCCUUCUGCGGCAUUCUUGUACAGGUGCUCUUCCUGGGAAGCCUACGUAUUGUUUUUUUUUUUUUUUUUUUUUUCUUCCCUACUCCCCUUUCCUGUUAGUACCCCCCCCCCUUUUUUUUUUUUUCUUUUUUAAAUCAUCAGCCCAAAGCCUUCACCUUGUGGCUUACAUGGUCAGCAUUGGGAGAGCGCCCCUCGACAGACACUGACCUCACAUCAUCAGAGGAAGCAUGAGCUCGGCCAAGACCGGCGGGCUCAAAGGACCCAGUAAAAUAGCCAGGGCACCGGGAACCGCCGCACCCAAGACCAGCGCCGGCACAGGAAGUAAAGCAACUGCGACAGACAAAUCGGCUGCUGGCGUGGAACCCGACCACGAUGCCGGCGACGGCUUCCAGAUGGGCGAACGCGUCUGGGUGAACGGGACCAAACCGGGCUUCGUCCACUUUUUGGGAGAAACCCAGUUCGCCCCUGGACAGUGGGCGGGCAUCGUUCUGGACGAGCCCAUCGGGAAAAACGACGGCUCGGUGGCCGGCGUGCGCUACUUCCAGUGUGAGGCCAUGCGAGGGAUUUUUACCCGACCGUCUAAGCUGUCGCGCGGCGAGGGCGACACGACGGCGCCGCCCUCCCGCGCCGCCUCCCCGUCGGUCGCGCCCGCCGGCGAGCCCCCGCCGGCCAAAAAGACUUCGGCUUCCGAGUCGCCGGCAACGCCGGUCACCCGCUCUUCCGAUUUGGCGCGCUCCAACAGCAGAUCCGUUUCCAACCUGUCGGAGAGCGGCUCGCUCAAGAAAGGAGAACGCGAGCUGAAGAUCGGGGACCGCGUCUUGGUGAGCGGAACCAAGGCAGGAGUGGUUCGCUUUAUUGGAGACACGGAUUUUGCCAAAGGCGAGUGGUGCGGCGUGGAACUGGACGAACCUUUGGGGAAGAAUGACGGCGCCGUGGCUGGCACCAGGUACUUCCAGUGCCAGGUCGGGUACGGCUUGUUCACGCCGGCGCACAAGGUCACCCGUAUCGGCUUCCCGUGCACCACCCCGGCAAAAGCCAAGGUAGCGACUCGCAAGGCGGCCACGCCGGGCGGCCUGAAGCGCAGCCCCAGCGCCUCCUCCAUCAGUACCAUGAGCUCCGUGGCCUCCUCUGUCGCCGCCAAGCCGAGCCGCACGGGCCUGCUGACGGAGACAUCGUCACGGUACAACCGCAAGAUCUCGGGCACCACCGCCUUACAGGAGGCUCUGAAGGAGAAGCAGCAGCACAUCGAGCAGCUCAUGGUGGAGAGGGAUAUGGAGAAGGCCGAGGUGGCCAAAGCCACGAGCCACGCCGGAGAGAUGGAGCAGGAAAUCACUCUGCUCAGAGAUGAUCAGGAACAGAUGGAGGCCAAGAUGGAUCAAUUACGUGCUUUGGUGGAGGCGGCCGAUAAAGACAAAGUGGAGCUGCUCAAUCAACUGGAGGAGGAGCGAAGGAAAGUCGAGGACCUUCAGUUCCGUGUCGAAGAAGCGUGCAUCACCAAAGGGGACCUGGAGACGCAGACCAGGUUGGAGCAUGUCCGCAUUCAGGAGCUUGAACAGAACCUGCACUUUGAAAAGACCAAAGCUGAGAAGCUCCAAAGAGACUUAGAAGACACUAGGGUCGCCACCGUGUCGGAACGAUCCCGUAUCAUGGAGCUGGAGCGGGACCUCUCGCUUCGCACCCGGGAGGCGGCCGACUUGCAGCUCCGUCUCCGAUCCUCGGACGACCCCGACGGCGUCUCUCCGCUCCUGGAGGAGAUGGCCGCUCUGAGGGACCGACUGGCUUCGCUGGAAACGGAGCGGCGAGAGGAGGUGGCCGAGCUUCGGGAGAAGAUGGAGUCCCGGGAGAAGGCGUGCGCCCAGCUCCGGGCCUCCGAGGUCAGGCUGUCCGGCGACAACGAGCAGCUGCGCAUGCGCCUGUGCCGGGCGGACGAGGACAAGGCGGAAAUCCUGGAGAGGAUCAAGAGAGAGUACGAGACUGCGGCGGAAGAAGCCGCCGUCGCGCACGCUCGGGAGACGGCCGGCCUGAGAGAGCGGCUGGCCACCCUCGCGGAAGACAAGGAACGCCUGGACGACGCGCUGCGCUCGGGCGUGGACAAAGCGGAGAAUCGCCACCUGGUGGAGAUGGAGGACGUCCUGGGAAAGCUCCACGCCGCCGAGCUCAAGGCGAAGGAGCUGGAGGAGGAGGGAGCUCGACUGGCGCGCCAGGCCCGGGACGAUCGAGAAACCAAGGAGACGGUGGUGCGUAUUGUUCGCGCUUUGUGUUGUGACCCCAAGGUGCCGUUAGAAGAUCUACACGACCAAAUCAACGUACAGAGUACUGAAUUAGUUGGUGAACUGAGCUCACUGUUGGAGGGCAGGGAAAAUAAAAUCCUUUCACUCCAGCAAAGUUUAAGCAGUGCGGAGCAGAAAAACCAAACUAUGGAGCAGGACCUAGAAGACCUGAAGCAGAAGUUGUCUGCGAGUACACGGGAGCAGAUCAAAUCUGCAGAAGCUAUGCAAGGACUAGAGAGGAAGCUGGCAGCCACGGACGAGAAGCUGCGUCAGCUGGCUGAAGACAAGAACAAAUUGGAGAAAGACAUGGCUGACAUGGUGACGGCAUCCGGGGACAAUUCGCUGCGGCUCAACAAAAAUCUCCAAGACAAAGAAAGGAAGUUGGAGGAGUUGCAGAGUCAGUUGGCCGAGGAAAAGAAAAAGCUGGCCAACUCCAAUGAGCAACGUGAGCAGGAGCUGCGAGCGGCACGAGACGGCCACGACGCUCAAACCAAAACUCUCCAGGAGAAAAUAGCAACACUGGAAAAGGGUGCGACGGAAGCCGAGGAACUCAAGUCGUCUCUGGAGAACGCUCGCUCGCAGGCCUCCGAGCUUCACGGCCAGGAGGUCCGGGGGCUGAAGGACCUAGCGGACGACUUGAAGCGGGAGCUUUUGUCCUCCGAGGACAGAUGCCGAAACCUGGAGAAGCUGGUGUCUGAGCUACAGCCGUACAAGGAAAAACUGCAACAUCUUUCCGCUAAGCUGGACGCCUCCAAACAUGAUGCGGAAGGCUUGUCCACAAAACUGGAAGAGCAAAACGUACAUCUGGAACGCAAACGUAAGGAGAACGAAGAUCUUCGGACCGAGAAAUGCGAACUGCAGACGCGGCUUUCGGACGUGCAAAGUCAGCUUUCUGAGCUCUCCGUAAGGAACGAGGACCUGCUCAAAACUGUGGAGGAAGUGUCAAUAGGUAGGCAAGAAUUACUUGACGGCAACAAGCGUUCGGAGGGAGAAAAAUCAUCACUAAACGACCGGCUAGAAAUGCUGAAAAAUAGUCUUGGAGAGAUACAAGCUGAAAAUGGCAAACUUAAGAGCACCUGCAACAAACAACAGGCUGAUCUGGAUGAACUCCAGAAACAAAUGGAGGAGAAGGACAUCGCGCUGCACACAAACCAGCAGGAUGCUCAGCAAGCGGAAAGUAAAAACAAGCAGCUUCUGGAAGACCUGGAAGAGGUCCGUAAAGAGCGAAGCAGGCUGGAGGAGGACCUCGCCAAAAGCGGGUCUAAACUCGGGCACGAGAAGGAUCUGCUGGUCUCUGAGCGAGACGAGGCCAGAAAUGCCCAAAAGUCUCUGGACGCAAAGAAUGCGGAGCUGCUCGACCGGCUACGAUCCGUGAACUCGGAGAAAGAAGAUCUGAUGGCGGAAAACGCACGGCUGCGGAUUCUGACGGAAACCCUAAGCCGAGAGAAGGCCGCCGCGGCCUCCGAAAUGGGUGCCUUCGCAUCGGACAUACGCGGCCUGGAGGCGACGAAGGAGGAACUCCAAAAUCAGCUGAGCCUCACCAGGAAAGAGCUGGACGGCUCCUUCCGCGAAUGCGCCGACCUGAAAGCAUCUCGUCUCGGCCUGCUCCAGAUGCUGGAGGAGUCCAAGACCAGCAGCCAGGUGACAGAUUUUGAAAGACUUAACCUUCUGCAGGAAAAGAACGACUUGCUCGACCUCCAGAGGAAAGUCUGUCAAGAGAAAGACCAGCUAAUUAAAGACAAUGAAGACGCGAAGGAGAAGAUGAAAGAGUUGGCUCAGCAGUUGACUCUUUCCGGCGAAAAGCUAACCGACGUAUCCGCGUCUUUGGAGCGAGAAAGGCAGACGUUUGCCGCGCGGAAUUCCCAAACCUCCGAGAUGUUGCGCGCGCUGCGAAACGACAAAGCGAACCUCGAAGCGGAGAUCGAGCGGCAUAAAAGCGAUUUGGAGCGCCUCGCCGCGGAGAAGGAGGAGUCCCGAGUAAAGAUGGACAAGGUUUCGGAGGACGCGGGGACCCUCGCGCGGGAGCGAGAUGGACUAGCGAUUGAUCUUAGAGCCGCAAAAGACCAGUUGGAAGCCAUCUCCGGAAAUCACGGCGUCCUUAUUCAGGAGAAGUCUCGUCUAGAAGGAGUACUCGAGGCGACCGUCUGCCGAAAAGACGCGGCCGAAGCCGAGGUGGCGUCCUUGACCAAGGAAAAGGCCGAACUCCGGAGCCAACUAGAGAAACGUUCCUCUGAUAUAAAACUCCUGGAAAUAGCGGAAGACGACCUCGCCCGAAAACACGGCGAGCUGGAGACGUCCGCCGCCGAACUCGGUCGGCGAGUCGACGAUCUCACCGAACUCUUGGACUCGUCGCAAAGUGAGAAAAGGCGACUUCUCGAGGAGACUCGAGAAUUGAUUCAACAAACGACAUCGUUGUCAGAGUCCAAGAAAGAGCUAGAGGAGCGUUUCCAGGCGGAAUCGGAUAAAUGGUCGCAAGCUAGCCGGCGAUCGGAAGAGCUGAGAAACACUUUGUCUCAACUUCAGCGGGAUAAUGAGGACAUGUCCUCUCAACUUAGGAACGCAGAGGAGCUAAAGCGCUCAUUGAUGGCUGAAACGGAGCUAGUGAAAGCACACUUGAAGGAACAAGAAGGAGUUAACCGUCGCUUAACCCGCGACGAGCAAUUGCUUUUGUCCAAAAUUGAGCAGACGGACAAAGAAAUGUUGGCCUCGGAAACGGAGGAAGAGGAGCGGGACGAGAAACGGCGGCUAGCCGGCGAGCUACACAAGUCCCGGGAGGACGUCGGAGCCCUCCGGGCGGCGCUGGAGAAGCGACGCCGAGAAGCCCUCGCCGAAAUGGACCUGCUCCGCUCCGGACUUAAUCAGGCCAUCGCUAAGCAGCUUGAGGCCUCCGAGGCUUCGGACCCGACCGCCGAGGUUCUCCGCCAGCUCGCGAAGGAGAGAGACCGCUUGCUUCAGGAUAAGAUGGAAGCUCAACUUCUGCUGGAGGGCCUUCGUACUUCCAAACGUGAGAUGGAGACGCAGGUGGAAGCCUUGAAAAAGGACAAAUCAAAGGUUCAGCAAGAGCUGGCCGCAGCCAAAGAGCGACUCGGCGACGAAAGCCAGAAGACGGACGGUCUCUCGCGUCAAAUCGACGUGCUGAAAGAGGCCCUGUCGCUCGAGUCGCGUUCGCUUCAGAUGCUGCGAAAUGAGAAGGACGAGCUGACACGGGAUAUGAAGAAGAAUCACAAUGACCACAGUCAAAUGAUCAAGCUGAAGGACGAGAACUCGAAACUCCAAGCGCAGUUGAAGGAGUUGAAGCAAAGCGAGAGCGCCGGGAAGGGGAGGACGGACAAAGAAAAUGCAGAGCCGCUCCAUAAAAAUAGUGCCUUAGAGUCGGAGAAGGUUCUGCAGAUCCGAGCCCCGAAGGACGAGCUGGCUGUCACGCGCGAACAAAGUGCCUCAUCCCAGACGCUGCAGGCAGUCGUCCAUUCCUUGGAGCGGGACAAGGCUCAGCUCACGGAGCAAGUGGGAAAGCUGAAACAGGAGCUGGACGCCGCCUCCGGUGAUGCUGUUGCGGAUCGACAGAGGGACAAAGACACGAUAGCAGAGAUUGACUUUCUGAAUUCCGUCAUCAUCGAUUUACGGAAGAAUAACUUGGACCUGAAGGAGCAGUUGGAGAAAAUGGCCGCCGCCGCUCUCAACGGCAACGACGACAACAACCGGGAGGAAAAGGACGCCGGCAAAAAGAAAAAGAAGAAGAAGCGGCUUCCUCCCCGACUCUUCUGUGACAUUUGCGACCACUUUGACCUCCACGACACUGAGGAUUGCCCGACGCAGGCGCAGACGCCGGACUCGCCGCCGCACAGCGCUUACCACGGCAGCAAGGACGCCGAGCGACCGUAUUGCGAGAUCUGCGAGGUGUUCGGCCACCUCAGCCGAGACUGCGAAGACGAUCGCACUUUCUGAACGCGAGCGCCAUGUAGGCCUUUUCUAUUUUUCCCCUUUCUAAUUUAAAAGCGACUUGAGGGCUAAAUUGUUGCUUGCGCAGCUUGUCACACUGAUGGUUGAAAUGUGUGACGCACAAUGACUUUGAGCUUUAAGUGUCAUUGACACAGACAAACUGGAGCAGUGGACGUUCUUUACCUUUUGUGAAAAGUGUGCAUCAUAGAUAUAAAUAUAUAUAUACAUCCAAAAAUGAAGAAUGAAACACUGAUGUGACCAUUGAGGAUGAGCCAUAUUUCAUUUUUCUAUGCCUGGAAAUGUUUUUCUGUCCAACUUUAAAGGCGUGCAUGUGGGCAGAAGACUUUAAAAGCACUUGUUGGGCUCUUUCUAUACAAAUAAAAGUUAAGUUUUUAAAUAAAGGGUGUCUCAGCUCCGGAAUUGGCGGGCGUGAGUGGCGCCACCUCGGAAGCGUGCCGCCAUUUUUUCAGCUCCACGCUCAACUCCACUGUGGCCGUUUCCGCUCGGGUAGGCGUGUCUUCGUCGCGCUCCUCGCUGCCUUUGCCUUUGUGCGACCCUGUGACCCCCCCCCCAAAAAAAAAAAAAAAAAACAAGUCAGACUGGGCCGCUCUCCUUGAAGUCAAGAAGUAGACACACAAGUUCCUUUCUAAACCGCCACAUAGCCAAAAUUUGACUGACCUGCCCCACCUUUUAAUUUUCGUCUUAGUCAAUGGACGAUAGUACUUAGUAGUCUUCCUUUUAUUUUAGUCAUCUCAAAAUGUGUCUGUUUAGUUUUAGUGGACGUUUACUAAAAAUGUUUUUAUCUGUAAUAAUAAAUUUUACUCCAACAAUUUGAAAGGAAAAUUGACACAUUGUAGCGUCUACAAGGAUAACGCCAACUUGGUGAUCAUACACACUCAGCAGAAAAAGCGUACAUUAAUUAUACCCACCUGGAUGCCAUGAACUGUAUGUAAAAAUAUGUUGUCCAAGAGUUUGGAAGGCGGUGGCAUUAGCCUAAUGCGAACGUGAAUGCUAUGCUAACGCUACAAGUUAUAUUUAGUGUGUGAUGAUCACUCAGCAAAGACUUUUAGAGGCCAAAGAAACAUUGCAUAUUCUCUCUGGUCAAGAAACAAAUCUUGCCGUGUGCGCAAGUCUGCACAGAGACGGGAGAUGACACACUGAUGAGUUGGGAGGGGGUGGGGGGCGCAUAGGCUUGCCACACGUCCCUUGAAAAUACGGAAUCGUUCUGUAAUUGGGAAUUAAAAUUUGCGUUCCGUAUUGGAACAAUAUGCAGUUUAAUCCGUAUUUCACAAUUGUCCCAUGGGACGACCCGUGGCUCCGGCGGCAGGGAGGGGCAGGCGGUGCGCCCAGCCCAUGUACAUCUGGCACACACAAACACACACCUGCGCUCAUGAGUGAACACUGAACCAACAAUAAUGAACAAAAAGGGCAGGAGAUAUGAAAGGGCAACUGAAGACCUUUCCGGAUUUUGGUGUAAUUUUACAAAUAUAAACUUUGGACGAGUUCGUCAAAACAACCAUGACAUUAUCAACACGUAAUUGCAAGGACAAUUUGCGUUUUUUUAGGUUUUUUUUUACACCCCGUUAAUGGUCCCUUCGCAAACCCGGAAGUGUGACGUAGAUUCCCCGACGCAACAGAGAAGACUAUCCACAGCUAGCAUAGCAACAACAAUGAUGUCAGUGAUAUUUCCGCCAAAGGUAACCAUUCAGGAUCGCUCUUUCGUGAUGCUACCGAUGGCAAAGGCUCCCAGGAAAGAUGAACUACAGUUAAUCCCUACAUGUUUGAACCUGAGGUGUCAGAUGACGGCGAUUUACUUGACACAGCAGAUGGCGUCAUGACGCCAAUUGACAGCUCGACACUUCACGAACGGGAGAGUGAGUGGUAAGCCUAAGUCCAGCAUCGUGAUUUUUUUAUUAGAGAGAAUGCGAUUACAUGGUUGCAUAUUUUUCCAUGUUGUCCACAUAGCUAAAACUGGAUAUUAGGUAAUGGGACAGCUCCUACCGAUCUAAAUAUGGUAAAGCUAGCCCAAAUGUGGCUAAAUGAUAUGUUAUUGAUUUUCAAAAUAAAUGACAAAACGAUUUUAUUUUCCAGGUGUUGCUGUAAACCGUCAAGUAAUUACCCUUCCAAGAGUAUGCCUGUGUCGUCAGGAGAUCCCAGACGUGAGAGACAAACUUGAGGCUGAAGCACUGACAGGGGCAUGAAUUACUUUAAAAAACAUAAAACCAUAAAUUGUAAACAACAUUGACACAUUUUGUUAAGUGUUUAAUGUAUUCUAUUGGUAUAUAAUAUAUUGUAAUUAUAUUACAUUCUGGAAAAAUAUUCAGAUACCAGAUUUAUGUUGAAUCAGCAUCAGCUUUCGCUGUCAGAUUGUGACACGACAUAUAAGCUAAGUUAUACCAAGCACACAUCAAAGAACAUAAAUGUAGUAAGCAACACAAAGUUAGGAUAGCAACGGACUAGUGCAACAUUGAAAAAUGAUAAUGGCAGUGGGAAAUAUAUAUUUACUCUUUUCUGUAGCAUUAAGUGUUCUCUAUACAAAGAUAAAGCAUUAUCAUUAAAAUAUGAAGGUAACUAGAUUUUUCUUUAAAAAAAAUGUGUACUGUAUAUAUGACUAGUUUAUGAUUUCAUGUCAUCAAAAUUUGCUACAUUUAUUUCUCCUAAGUCAUUGUCAUCUGAUGUCGCAGACGGAAGAAAUUCAGCAUCUGGCAGGCCACAUAGGAUCUCUUCAGUCGUCAUCGCUGGACACCGCAUCACUUGGGUCAUCAUAUGACUCGACCCACUUUCUCUUGAUUUUGGGAAACUGGGUGGCGACUGACUUGCAACGCUUUUUUCAUCGUGUUGAGGGUUUCCGCCGCUUCAUUUUUUAUGUUUGGCUUCCUGGUGGAGAAAAAAAAAAUCACAGCAGCAUGAAAAAAUUGGAUGAAUCCUAAUUUUAAUUUAAUAAUAAUUUCUUGGUGAUCAAAUAAUAAUGCCCCAGUCAAAGCAGCAUCUAUUUGAUGCUAUUGUUCCCUCUUCAAAUAGGCAGACCUUGAUGUUGAUGCUGUAGUACAAUAGUUAUUGUUUUAUUGAGAUGUAUUUGAUACAUUAGGGCCUGGCAGGUGGAUUGUUUUAUAUAUAGGCUUUAUAUUUACCCUGUGACAGGCCAAAAAACAACGAGCCAAGGACCUAUUUAGUGCUGGGGACAUUUGAAUUUACAUACCUAUUGAUAUAGUAAUAAAAUCACGAGUAGACCUGUCAGCAAACCUAUCUACUUAUGACAGGGUAACAGCAACAACAACAAAAAUGUCACGCUUCAACAAACAGGCAGUAGGAGUCCCCCUCGUUUAUCAACAGAAGUGCAUCAAAUUUUAGAAUCAGAGGGUCUACUUACGUCUUUGUAAAACCAAGGUUGCAUUGUUCUAGGUUUUCAAAGCUGUCGUCGCUGAAAUGAUGAAAACAAUGAGCUGAUUGGGGACCUGUAUGCAUGCUCACAAAAACGGUCCAAACCUUUGCAGGAGAAGUUUUUUUGAAACCACUCCUAGAGUCUCGAGUCUUUCCUGUGAGCAAUUCAUCGCUACACAACGAGCUGGCAUGACGAAUCCCGCGAGAAAAACCCAGAAAACUUUUGCAAUAUAUGGCGAGGAUAGUGUGGUGCUAUAUUUCCGUGUUCAGUGUGGUGGCGAGGCGCCCUGGAAGUUACGCCAUCAGGUAGCGGUCGGCAGGGCGGCGCGUCCCUCGUUACUAUGGUGUUGCUAUGGCCAUAACUCAAAAACUAUGCGGUCAAUUAUUAUUAUUUUUUUUAAUGUGACUUUUUGAGACAGCGAAUCAUGCAUUUAAUACAAUUCAACUGAGUAAAACACUCAAGAGCGAAAUCUGAAAAGCUCUUCAGUUGCCCUUUAAAAGACAGCAAGAUAGUUAUCUGCCUGCCCGCUGCUCUCUGCCCUGCACUGCGCUCCACUUCCGGUUUCGUCGCCUAGUUAUCUCGCUCGCUUUUUUAUUUAAAUUCUUUGAAAUUGAAAGCGGUUAUAUAUGGUAAAUGGUGUUAUACUUCUAUAGCGCUUUUCCACCUUUAUGUUUGUGGUUUCUUUAUAAAAAGAAAUGAGAUAACUUGACUAUCUAACAAUAACUCAAGUGGUAAUAUGCUUCCCUAAAACGCAAUACAAACGGACAGUUAAGACACUGAUUAGCAUAUUCGCUAACUAGCUUCACGAUCCGUGCUUAGUAAUAACGUUUCAUCACCAAAAAAUACAAUUGGCUUCAUUUACUAGUCUCUGAAGGAGGCACACUGGAUCAAACAACACACAAUUCAAUCUAACUCUCGAUACGUCGUAAUAUUAUUAAUUCAGCAGCCCAACCUUCAUCUAAUCACUGGCGCACAUGCGCACCCCAUCAAUUCACACAAACAAGGACCCAAACGGGACUGUUCAUAGCUGCCGGAAAAAAUCAAUUAUCAAAUUAGUUGGCAACUAAUUUAUUAAUUAAGAAGCUAGUUUUGACUGUAAGAUGUCCGAAAAUUGGAAAAAGUUGAAGUGUUGUUUUCCAAAGUAAAAGCAGAUUUUUGUUCAUGUCCUACUUUACCUUGACAAAAACAUAAUGAAGAAAUAUGAUUUAUAGAACUGAAAAAUGUAUUUAUUUUAUGAUUAUAAGAAUUUAGACGAGUUUAAGGUGAACAAGGUCCUAAACGAUUAAUUGGUUAUCAAAAUAGUUGUCGAUUAAAUCGCUAAUCGAUUAGUUGUCGAUUAAUCGAUAAAUUGUUCCACCUCUAAAUAGAAAAAAUUGUAAAAUACGACUAUUGUAUUAGACUGAUGGGUUGAUUUUUUUUUUAGUUUACAUUUUUGUUUUUUUUUUAAUGGCCCUUGGAAGAAAACACGUUGGACACUCCUGCCUUGAACUAACGCCUUAAAAUUUUCUUGACUAUCACUUCAGCUUUUUCAUACUAUAUUGCUUAUUUGUACAGGGCCCAGCAGAUCGAACAGAUAGUGGAAUCAUUCAGUCCGGCCAAGAAGCUCCUGACAAAGAUUGUCCAAAAAAUUAAUUGUGACUUUGUUGAGAUCUUUACAGUAUGCUCUUUUUUUCAAGUGACAUGUUCUUCUGUUUUUUUCUGCUCGCAAUUCAGUCUGUUAUUGUGUAGUCUUUGCAGUCACCUGUAGGUGGCAACCGUGUUCUAUUUGGUUGAAAUGACUUUUCAUUUUAGGAAAAAAGUGAAAAUUGAUGUAAUAAAAUGUAAUAAAAUUGAUGUAAAUACAAUACAGUAUGUCCUAUUUUAUGUCCUGGGGUGGGGCUAUUUUUCAGCUGCAGCCUCCUGACUGUCCGGACCACAAGCUGGAUGGACGUCCUCGUGGCUACCCCCGUCUCAUCUGGCUAGAUGGACCCCUUCUUGUUCCUUUACUCCACUGCAUCUUUAUGGACUGUAACUUCGCCUGCUAAUUCCCAUUAGCGGUCCUGGGGUUCCUGUCUAUCCGCCCUGGGAGUGGAUAUCUCGUGACUGUGGUACUCCCCAAGGUUUCUCAUUUUUCUCCCGAAGACUGGAGUUUUUGGAGUUUUUCCUUGCCGACAUGGAGGGUCUCAGGAUGGGGGAUACCCAGGACUUGAAUUUAUUUAUUCAUCCUUGUUGCUUCAUUUGCUGUUUCUGAUUGUGUAUCAUAUUGCCUUUGCAAAGCCCUUUGAGACAACUUUGUUGUGAUCAAGGGCUAUACAAAUAAAACUGAAUUGAAUAUGUCAGAAAACACAGACAUGACUGAAAAAUCCGUUUCUGGUCUUGCACUCCUCUUUAAAAGAAACUGAUAUAUUUGAAGCAAAAGUGUUUGAUAGAACAACAUGUCUAUAUGUUGCCAUAG